GUAAACGUUGGUUUAGUCCUCCUCCACAAAUACGAUUCAUCAUACCCAUUUCAAUUAUUCAUCGACGAUUCACGGAGGCGGCGACGGCGACGGCGACGGCGGUGGUGGGUGGUUCAAUAAUCCAUACUAACUGAUGGGUGGUUCUUCAUCUGUCCCCGAGAAAUCGAUUCAUGAAUUUACAGUCAAGGAUAGCAAGGGGAAAGAUGUGGAUCUGAGUAUCUAUAAAGGCAAAGUUCUUCUUGUUGUUAAUGUUGCUUCCAAAUGUGGAUUUACAAAUGCAAAUUACCCCAAAUUGACUGAACUUUACAAGAAGUACAAGAGUGAAGGUCUUGAAAUAUUGGCGUUCCCGUGCAAUCAAUUUAUGAAACAAGAGCCUGAAUCAAGCGAGAAGGUUGAAGAAUUUGUAUGCACACGAUUUGAUGCCGAAUACCCCAUCUUUCAUAAGGUUCGUGUCAAUGGACCAAAUGCAUCACCGGUCUACAAGUUUCUUAAAGCAAGUAAAGGGAGCAUACUUGGGUCUAGCAUCAAAUGGAACUUCACCAAGUUUUUGGUGGAUAAAGAAGGUCGGGUUAUAGGUCGAUACGGCACAACUACGUCACCGUUAUCCAUUGAGGGGGACAUCAAAAAAGCGUUGGCUAAACAAUGAGAACGACUACGCGUUACGAUUCCAUAUAAGUUGCGAGUCUAAACGAGUCAAGUGAGUUGACUCGGAGUUACGAGACUACACGUUGGGUCGAUGAUUGAGUUGUAUAUUGUAUUUUUUUAUUAACUUCGUCGUUGUUUGAUGGAAAUGCAAAUAUGUAAGUAAGUUUGUACCUUUUAGCAUAUGUGUGUUUUCGUUUAUUCAAAGUUA